ACGUGACUGUAUUGAUACGUGUCGGCGUAAGGGGCCACGAUUUCCACUUAUUUGCCAUCCAAACGCCUGCUAUCUUUGGUCGUCGCAUCAUACACUGUCCGUUUAUUCAUUUAGUGUCUUGUGUUUUCUCUACUCGUUUGUGUAAUUUAAUUGUCCCUUAUAAGAAAGACUAAAACCAUAUUAAUUCAUCAUGGGGAUCAAGUUUCUGGAGGUGAUAAAACCGUUUUGUAGCAUAUUGCCGGAAAUUGGAAAGCCACAACGCAAGAUCCAGUUCAGGGAAAAAGUAUUAUGGACUGCAAUUACCCUCUUCAUUUUCUUGGUCUGCUGCCAGAUUCCUCUUUUUGGAAUAAUGUCAUCGGACAGUGCGGAUCCAUUUUAUUGGAUUCGUGUAAUUCUCGCUUCAAACAGAGGAACUUUAAUGGAACUUGGUAUUUCCCCAAUUGUAACUUCCGGAUUAAUUAUGCAGUUGUUGGCAGGUGCUAAAAUAAUAGAAGUCGGCGACACGGCUAAAGACCGUGCUCUUUUUAAUGGAGCUCAAAAAUUAUUUGGAAUGGUAAUCACUGUUGGUCAAGCAAUUGUUUAUGUUAUGACUGGAAUGUAUGGUGAUCCUGCCGAAAUUGGAGCUGGUGUUUGUCUACUAAUUAUUAUUCAAUUAUUCGUUGCUGGAUUAAUUGUCCUUUUAUUGGAUGAAUUAUUGCAAAAGGGUUAUGGACUUGGAAGUGGAAUUUCUCUCUUUAUUGCCACAAAUAUUUGCGAAACUAUUGUUUGGAAAGCCUUUUCACCCGCUACCGUCAAUACAGGCCGAGGAACGGAAUUCGAAGGAGCUGUUAUUGCACUGUUUCAUCUUUUGGCCACAAGACAGGAUAAAGUACGAGCACUUCGUGAAGCCUUUUACAGACAGAAUCUUCCUAAUUUGAUGAAUCUUCUCGCCACAAUUCUCGUCUUUGCUAUAGUAAUUUACUUCCAGGGCUUCAGAGUGGAUCUUCCAAUCAAAUCAGCACGUUAUCGUGGACAACAAAGCAGUUAUCCGAUAAAACUUUUCUACACAAGUAACAUUCCAAUUAUUCUUCAAUCGGCGUUGGUUUCGAAUUUGUAUGUUAUCUCGCAAAUGUUGGCAGUGAAAUUCCAAGGGAAUUUGAUAGUAAAUUUAUUGGGAGUGUGGUCGGAUGUGAGUGGCGGUGGACCAGCGCGAUCAUAUCCUGUUGGUGGUUUAUGUUAUUAUUUAUCACCGCCCGAAUCAGUUGGACAUAUUCUUCAAGAUCCCGUUCAUGCAAUGUUAUACAUUCUCUUUAUGCUGGGAUCGUGUGCCUUCUUCUCAAAAAGUUGGAUUGAAAUUUCUGGAAGCUCAGCUAAAGACGUUGCCAAGCAAUUGAAGGAUUCACAAAUGGUGAUGCAAGGACAUCGAGAAAAAUCAUUGAUUCAUGAAUUGAAUAGAUAUAUUCCAACAGCAGCGGCAUUCGGUGGUCUUUGUAUAGGAGCACUAUCAGUUUUAGCCGAUUUCCUCGGAGCAAUUGGUUCCGGAACUGGAAUUUUGCUCGCCGUUACAAUUAUCUAUCAGUACUUUGAGAUUUUCGUCAAAGAACAAAGUGAAAUGGGUGGAAUGAGUACAUUACUCUUCUAAAAAAAAAAAUUGAAAAUUCAAUGCUCGUAGACUUGAAAAGUGAAUUUUUCAAUGCCCUCCCUCCCCUCUCAAGAACUGAAUUAAUAUUUAUUAUAUAUAUAUAUUUACAUACAAGAAUUAGAAGUAAGCAUGUGGUGCUGAUUCUUGUUUAACAAUUGUGAGCCAGGAACCGAGGGUCUAGAGAUAUAGAAUUUAAUUUAUUUUUCAUCACGAAAUCUAGUAAAAAUAUAAAAAGGGAAAACUUUUCUUUUAUAUAACUACAAUUUUUCUCUUUCGCUAACGAAACAUCAAUUAAAGAGAAAAGGGUACAAAGUUCUAUUUCUUUUGUUUUUUUUUAAGGUGGUGGCCCUCAAAAUAAUUCUUGGCAUAAGUUGUUUUUGAAGCUCUCGAUUUAUCGAGGGUUGCAAAAAGAAAAAAAAUGAAAUAAAGACUCAGUGAGUACGCGUGAUUUAUAUCGACAUAUAAUGCAAUACUCGCAAUGUAAUUUUUACAGGACGAGGCGCGCAUUCGUUUUAGCGACUGAUUAAUCCAGUUCGCUUGCAAUACCAUCAUUCCUGUAUUAUUAUUGUUAACAAUACUGCAAACGUAAAAUUAAUUACAUUCCUCGAGUCAUGUGAACGUUGAAGAAAAACUUUUUAUAUAUAAAUAUAUUAAUUAAUUUUCGUGAUUUAUCCAUCGAUCACACGACUCAAGGAAAAUUAUUGUGCAAGUUGUGAGAAAAUUUGACUCUUUAAGAUUUAAAUUAUUAAGAUUGGAUCUCUUGUAAUCAAGAGAAGAAAAAAAACAGCUUUUAUAAAAAUUUCAAACUACUCUCGUUGUCUUCCUUACCACUCACCUCUCCGCCUCAAAAAAAAUCCUAUUUUCAGUGUACAAAAAGAAUAAACGAGGGAAAAAAUCAUGCCAUUAUUAAUUGGAAAAAGUUAUGAAUUAUCAAAAUCAAAUUUUUAUUCUUUACUUUCGUAAUUUAUACAUAAAAACUUGACUCUUUGUAAAAUAUUAAAAGUGUGUAAAGAUUUUUCGUCGAAUUUUGCAAAUUUUUUUGAAUUGAAUUCUUCGAAACUACUUAUGAAUGGGGAAUGCAUUUAUUAAUUUAAAAUAAAAUACCUAUAUAAAUAGUACCGUGUGCGUGUCGACAAAAAGUAAUGUUUUCUAAGUGUUGCUGAUUGUAUGAAGAUUUUAAGAUAGUUGUAGUAGAGACAAAAUACCUUCACUGUAAAAAAAUUUUCCACACAUUUCUUUAAUGAAAAUAGUUUGUCAGUUUCAAUUUUUCACUAAAUGAAUUUUUUUCUUUUUUUUAGAAAAAAUUAAACUAAGUUAAAUUAUAAGUAAACUGACAAGCUAUUAAGAAAUUAUUUUUGGUGUUAAGAUUUUUUUUUCAAAAUAUAGUUUUUCUAAGAAUUGAUUAUAUUUGCGUGAUUAAGAAUUCAAUUUUUUUUUUGUUGAAUAACAACAAAAAGAAAAUAAGUUGAAUAUUAUGAAUCACAAUUAAAUAUUUUUAGAAAAUUAA